CAUUCAUAUUGUUGAUUGUAUCGAAGGUAGACACUUACAGACAUACACACAUACAUAAACACAACAGUUAACAUGUGUUAAGCUUGGAUGAUCGAGGCCGAGAUGUCCAAGACCAAUAAAAAAAUAAAAAAGAUGGCCAAGAAAACAGGUCAUCCACCUCGUGGCCUGCAGACGACAAAGCCCAAUGUCGAUGUUGACUAUGCGUGCGACUGCCAACUUAAUGACGAAAGUUCAAGUAAGCCGAGUGUUUCGUUGCGAUUCCAGAAUAUGUCGUUGCGCCACUCUGACGUCCAGAUGCUGCAGGGACCGUAUGCCCUGAAUGAGCGUCUGAUUGCCUUCUAUUUUGCGUAUUUGCAGACUCGACGCUACAAGAUGCAGUCGGAUUUACAUUUUCUGUCGCCCACGAUAGCCUACAGCAUGCGUCAUCUAGAAGUUCGGGAGCGCCGACGCCUAGUCCAGGGACUUCAACUCGGUAGCAAACCGUUCGUCUUUGUGCCGUUGGUCGAGAAUUCACAUUGGUCGCUGCUUUUGAUAGCGCGACCUGAUCGUAAGUUCUACUAUUUCGACUCCGAGAAUAAUCGCAAUAUGAAUCUAGCGCGCAUGGUCGUCGAAAAUCUACGGGUCACACUGUCUGCCGUUGAUUUCACCCUUACUGUUGGCCAUUGCCUCCAACAGAUCACUGAUCAUGAACACGAUUCCGGCCUCCAUUUCAUGUGCAUGACCGACAACCUAGCCGACUAUGUCACUCGCUGUGGCUAUGCCACCAGCACAUUGCUCAUCUCUGUCCAAGAGGUACGAGCCAAGCGCUCCUCGCUGCUGCACCUCAUACGGACACUCGGCGGCAUUAUACCAAUGCCUGACACCAAGUCCCCAUCCUUGGAACUGUGAGUUUUUGUUACAAAUUGGCAAUAUAUGUGGAAGGAUGAUGUCAAACCCAGGAAAUCAAGUCGACUCUCUUGCUACGUUUCUUAAGCCCUUUUAAUAGCGUUCGCUCGUUAGGCAAUAGUUUCAUUUAAUAAAC